UUUCAUUGAGCUUGCGCUAAGAGUGCCUGGGCUCAGUGCAACGCCAACAGUGCUGGACAGCGGACCAUGGAUCUCUUCUUCGAGGCGACGAAGGUAUACGCGCUACGUGUAUCGCCUCGAUCGAGCGCGGAUCGAUCGAUCAGCAAACGACACGCGCGCAGAUUUUCUGCUGCGGAUGUUGAGCGGAGCCUUCAUGAUUCAUACCCGUUGAAAAUUAGAAAAGAGAAUAAGACAAGACGAAAAAUUGGAGAAAUGAUUUGAAUUGAGAAAAUGAAAAACACGCGAAAACCAAAAAAUGGAGACUUAUUCGAUAAAAUCCAGGACGCGUCUGGAAUGCUCUUUCAUGUCGAUAAUAGUAUUUGUGUAUACGAAGAUCUACAAAUUCUUCAUUGUGUCGCAUCUAAAAAACACGAGUGGCUAGAAUGAUCUAAGUGGUAGAAACAGAAAUAUAGAAAACAGAAAGACGACAGAAAGAAUCGUGAUGGAAGAAAGGUUGGAGAGAGGGGCAGUCGCUCGCUGAUCGUCGAGGAUUCACCAGAGGCGGGGGAGCGAGGAAAUGAUGGCGGUGGACCGCAAGAGGCAGCAUCACCGCACCCGCAUGAAGCAGGAUUGGUCGGGUCCCGAGUAUGGGGGCGGCCUGGGCCGGCAUGCUUCGGAAAAUAUAAGCCUGUGUGAGAGAGUGGCGGCUGAUUAACUGGAGACUCGGGACGGAGAAUAGUGGCGAGAGUGAGUGUCCCCACGGAGAGAAUAGAGGACGGACGUUCUCAUCGGGGAGACGUCGUCGUCGCCGCCGCCGUCGCCGUCGUCGUUGGUCCAGUUUUCCAAGGUCUGCCUUGGAAUAAUCGGCCGGCGCGUUGUGCGAGUUAACGCUGCUUAAAACUAAUCAAAAUUAAUCAUAACCCGGGUAACAAUUGAUCGCAAUUGUCGCGCUAGCUCUAUUACGGGUAAUCGGACAAUCGGUUACGGCCGCCUCCUUUUUUUCCAUCCGACAGGAAGCCGGAAAGAAUCUCGGAAGACAAAUCUCGGUGAAGUCACAUGAUGAUUUUCCAUUAUCGAUAUUGAGGUGUGAGACAACAAACGUCUAUCUCUUUGGAGUUUAAUUUAACCGGAGGAGAAUCCAUCAUAUACCACGUGAGGAUGUGGAUUGAAACGGAAUAUACUUAAAAGAAGAAGCGCCACGGGAAGGAAUAACGGAGGGGUGAAUAGUAAUUCGUGAUAUUCACUAUUGGAUCAACUCGGUCAACGGAGAAAUUCAACGUGCAUUCAACAACUACUGCUCAACUUAUUGAAUCAAGGUUUUUCGCGAGCUACAACACAAGAGGCUGUUUAAAAUGGACGGCGCUCCAUCGUGGGACGAUCCGAUCUUUUCGGAUUUCGGAAGUCGUGGGACCACUGGAGCCCACAUUCAGGUGAUGCUGAGUCUGAGUGGCGGCCAUCACGGCGCCGGUGGUGACUUAAUGCCAACUGGCGGUGGUCAACUUCACAAACUGGAUUCAUCUAACAGCCCGUCGCCGCAUCAUCAGACUGCAGCGCAGCAUUCGCAUCAUCUACAACAGCAGCAGCAGCAAAAGGAACUGAAGGAACUCGAACUGUCGGGCAUGUACGCUCCUUUGCCGCCGCAGACUCAAGACGUCACCACGUCAACGUCCACAAGCGUUACGCCAACUUCGACAAGCCUGCAACAAAGUCUGCAGCUCGGCAACGCACUUAAGAGAAAGCACGAUCCCAUCAACGCGCUGGCACCAGUUAACAGCGAAGCACAACCAGCGAAAAAGGAUUCGAAGAAGAAGACUGACAAUAAUAACAUCAAAAAGAAAAAGACGAGAACAACUUUCACGGCGUACCAACUCGAGGAACUGGAAAGAGCUUUCGAGCGGGCACCGUAUCCAGACGUUUUUGCCCGUGAUGAACUUGCAGUAAAGCUUGCUCUGUCUGAGACCCGCGUGCAAGUUUGGUUUCAAAAUCGUAGGGCAAAGUGGCGGAAGAAGGAACCGCCGCGCAAGACAGCCGGCUAUAUGGCCACGGGAUCCGCCAGUCCUGGUUUAUCAGGUUCCUUCACCUCGCUGAAUAAUAAUCUCAACCCAUUCGCAUCGCCGACAACGGCAGCGGGUCCGCCAGACGCGUGGGCGUACUCGUCAGCGUAUGACCUGGCACCUCACUUGAAUCUGCUCAGUCCAUCCAACUCGCCGUAUUCGAGCGCGGCAGCGGCGGCUGCUGCCGCCGGUUUCGGCAACAACGGGGGUGUUUCAUACUCGUCGUACGCAAGCAUGUUGCCAACGCAGCACGACGCAUCACUGUUCGCCGCGCCGACCGCUGUCGCCAAUACUAUGCGGGUCCACCAGGACUAUAUGAACCCCGGUAACAGUCCACCACCGCCACCCGGUGGGCCUCUCACCCGCGCCGAUUAUCAGACGAUGGUGACGACACACUCGCCGCCUACUCAUCUCACGGGUUCCAUAUCCGAGGAUGAACACGGCGGCUGCCUGGCCGAGAAAUACGCGCACGAGCAGGCCGAUUACGGGCAGCAGCAGCAACAGCAGCAGCAACAGCAGCCACCACCGCCGCCACCUGAUCAGAAGCAAGACUAUGGCAUGCACUCACCGCAACAUGCACGCCAGGCUAUGAAAGAUCAGGUGAUGGUGAAGAGCGAGCCUGGCAGCCAACAGAGCUACGUGCAGUUGCCUCCUUUUCUGAACUGACUCGCGGUCUCCUCCGCUCCAGGCUUUUUCUAGACAAUCCGUUGGGGUUUCGUGACGGGCGCGAGGAAUAUUAAAUCUUGGACACUGUCGAUUUUUGAAUGGACUCUCCACUAGCGCUAUUUAAUUUAUGUGUUAUUUUAUUAUGGCCCUAAAA